AUGGCGCGGAUGUGUAUGUCAUCUAAUUCACAGCUAGGAAUGAUGAAAAACCAUAGAGUAAUACGAUUUUUGUUACUGUAUAAGGUCUUAGAGACUUUUUAUCGUAUCGGACAAACAGCUGAUGGUCGCACGCAUGCAUUUGUGCAUGUGGAUGGUGACCUGAGGUAUCUCAUGGAUGGUGUAUCCAUGGAUAUGGAAGAGUUUAUGCGAGAAGAAGACACAUCCGCCAUAAGUUUCACUGAUUUAAAUGAAGAAAACUUAAAUGCAUAUGCAAGUCCAAUAUCAUUUCAUCCUCCCAUGUUAAAUUUUCAUUUUCAUCCUGUGGGCAUGCCUCAUAUGGAACGUGUUAUUGUACAAAAUUUAAGUCCAGAUACUAGUAUACACAUGUUAUCAAUAUCUGGGAAUACAUUACAUACUCAUUGUUCAUUUUUUCAAGAAAAGGUCAUUCCUCCUGGGGGAAAUACCAGCUUUGAUGUUGUGUUAUUAGCCAGAGAGGAGGGUCCAGUUGAAGACACAUUAUUUAUUCAUACUUCAUUAGGCUCUUUUAAAUUUCAAGUUUCUGCAGUUGGAAUACGUAAUCCUUACAGAUUAAGGCCAUUUGUUGGUGUUAGAAUGCCUUUAAAUAGCAGUUUCUCACCUAUUAUUUACAUGCAUAACCCUCACAGUUCCACAUUACAGUUAACAGAAAUAUAUUCCAGUGGAGGGGAUUUACACUUGGAAUUACCUGAUGGUGAAAGUGAAGCUCCUAAAAAUCUUUGGGAAAUACCUCCAUAUGAAACAAGACCUGUCAUAAAAGCCAAUUUCAUUGCUAGGAUUGAAAAGAAUCACACUGCAUUUAUUCGAAUACGUACAAACUGUUCUGUACAAGAAUAUAUAUUACUGCCUGUGGAAGUUGAUGUUUCAUCAGCUGCUGGUAUUUAUUCACCUACUGAAGUUCUUGAUUUUGGUGUAUUAAGAAGUCAAGAUGAACCAAAAGUAUUAUCCUUGUCAUUACUUAAUUCUGGGCAAAAGCAUGUUCAUAUUGUGAAUGUUAUUGCCACGCCAGUUAAUGAAGCAGUUGAUGUAAAAUUUGUGCCUAUAAAGGUACCACCAGAUUCUGUAUUCAGUACGCAAAUAGCUACAAUUACUUUUAAUCCCUCAAGAGCACUUCAUCCAAAGCAGUGUUGUGGGAAAAUUGUUAUUAAAUCUAAAAAUAAUCAAUAUAAACUUCAAAUUCCUUAUCAAGUUCAGUUACUUAGAGGGUUUUUGGAAUACAAUAAAAACUGCACAAAAUUUUAUGUUGGUCUUCAAAAUAACAACAGCAUUCGUGAAUUUAAUAUUACGAAUAACUUUAAUGUUGUGAUAAUUAUAUAUAAAGUAUCAUUAGCCGAUGAAGCAAAGCUACAUUUUUCAAUAAAAAUGGCUGAACCUGUCAUAUUAAAGCCAGGGCAGUCUUCAUUUGUUGCAUUUUUAAAUUUUAAACCUUCCAUUCCUGAUUUACAGCUCAAUUCACAUUUUCGUCUUCAUACUAAUAUAUCUCAUUUUGACAUUCCACUUUUGUGCUUUACUGGACGUCUUAAAGUGUUUUUACCUCAUGCCAUUAACGAGAGCUUUAUUGAUUUUGGUACUCUUGGAAUGGGUGACAAACGUGCUAUUGUUUUUGCAGUAAUAAAUGAAAAUCCUGUUGAUGUAAAUUUGAAAUUUUGGGGUUCCAAUACUAGCAAAACAUAUGUUGAACUUGUCGGUGUUGAUAAAGGCAAUGCUAGCACUUUGGCUUGGCGGCAAAAUUUUUCUUCUAUGGCUCGUAGUCUUAUUCUUAAACCACAACAUUAUGCAAUAUUUAGAAUUGGAAUUACAGCACCGACACAUGAAGGAAUAUUUCAAGGGCAAGCUUUUGUUGAAACACAAUAUGAGAAAAUAAAUGUGCCAUUUAGCCUCAGAACUGCAAAAGGUGCUUUAAAAGUCGAGGAAAUAUUUUUUGAAAAUUCUUUUCCAGGUAAAAUUUCAACUCAAAGCUUAUAUGUUCAUAGUACAUUUUCACAUUCCAUGACAAUAACUGGAAUUAGCACUGUUCCAGAAGAUUCAAGAUUUGUUUUUGACUCUUUAAAGCAUGGAACACCUAUAUUGCAUCCUAAUUCAAAAAAUAUGGUUGGAAAAAUUCAUUUUGAUCAUAGAAAAUAUUGCAAGCAGAAGUGCUACAGCGGCUUACCUACUACUACAACAAUGGGUCAUCAGUGGCUAAUGGGAAUGGCUUUACCUCCUGAUGUUGCUGAGACAGAUAAAGAAUUGUUUCGUACAUUGUGUAAAAGAUGGCACAGUUUAAUAGAUCUAGAAGAAAAAACAACUAAUAUCACUUUGCGAAUCGAUACAACAGAAGUUCGUGGAUACUUUUUAAAAAUUCAUGCUUCAUUACAAUGGCCUCGAUUAUUUAGUAAAUACAGGUUAAAAUUUCCAGUAACGCAAAUUGGAAAUCGUACAGUUAAAGAUUUUACACUUGAAAAUCCUUCUAGCUUGCCUAUAUUAGUUCAAGUUGUACCAUUAUCAUUAUAUCCAAAUCCAACGCAAAUCAUCAAUGCUUUAAAAGAAAAAUAUGGGGAUGAUUUUAGCUCAAACAAUGUAAUAAAAGAUUCAGAUAUAUUUUCUUUAGAAGAUCUAGAAGAGAAUAAUCCUAAUCCUGAAAAUCAUAUCCCAGCAUACAGAAAAAGUUUAGAGGAGUUUUUUGGUAUACAGUCACAUAAAAAAAGUAUUGCAAUGUUACUUACUCCUGGCAUGAGAGUAAGGAUUCAGGUUGGCUUUACUCCUAAGGACAACUCAUUAAAAUCAUCUCUAAUUCUAAUAAGGAAUAAUUUAACUGUUAUGGAUGCUUUAAUUGUUCAUGGUCAAGGAGGAAAUGGUCAAAUUAAGUUUGGAAAUAUAUCUCCUGGAAGUGAUUCUAUUUUACUAUUUGAAUUAACUGAUCGUUCUCUAAAAGACUGUGAUAGCACUAAAUCUCCCAAGUAUGGUGCACCAAACUUUACGGUUCGUAAAACCUUUACUGCAAAAAACACUGGAGCCUUACCAAUAUAUAUUAAAGGCUUUGAUAUAAAUGGCAAGUCUUGUACAGGUUAUGGUUUCAGAGUUUUCAACUGCCAAGGAUUUGAGCUUAAACCAAAUGCUAGUCGAAAAAUUGAUAUUGCGUAUACUCCAGAUUUUUCUUCAACAAAUGUACAGAGAAUAUUAAACAUACGUACUAGCCAAGGUCCUCAAGGUCAAAAUUUACAAUACACUCUUAUUGCUACAAUUCCUAAGCAUCUGCUAACUUUAUGUUCAGAAGCAUUACCUAGGCCAUCUUGGGAGCAAUAUCUUUAUUUUGCUUUUCUUACUUUAUCAACCAUUAUGAUUAUAGCAGUAAUGAUAUGUGCUUACUUAGACAGCAAAAGAAUUCUACACAGUGUGUUUUUCCCCAUUAUUACUGUUGGAUUUCAUUCUGAAAAAAUGGAAAAAGAAAACUAUUUUAAUUUAAAUGCUCUUUGUACGAACAAUAAUGAUUCAAGCAGUUACAUAAAACAUAACAGUUAUCAAAGCGAUCAUCGUAAGAAAAAAGAUUGCUCCCCAGAACCUAUAAUUGUGGAGAAUGGCCCAAUAUUGAAUUCUAUGAAAAAUUCUACUGUACAUGGAUCAAAAAGAAAAGAAUCACUUAAUUCAAGAGAAAUAGAUGAUCAUAUUAGUGAAAACAAUAGGCAUGUAAGGAAAAGAAACUCUAAGUUAAAACAAAUGCUUGAAAAUUAUUCUUUAGAACCAGAUUUAGUCGAAAUUAAAAAAUCACAACCUAGGAAUAGUUGGACUCGUUUUUUAAAACCACCAUUUUCUUUUCAUUCAUGUUCAAAUAUAAAUAACAAGCCUAGUGUUGCCACACAGACUACUCCAGAUUCAGCAGAAGAUGAUGCUCUUAAAUCUUUAAAAGAAUUAGACAUUAUGGGUGAUCAAAAUAUAAAUUGUUUUAUCAAUAUUGAAAAUAAUGCUAGAUGUAAGACAAAGAAUAAAAAUGAAAGCAAAUAUUCUGAAUCUACAAGCUGUGUUAAAAAAUUAAAUGAUGUUUUACCUGAAGAAGAAACAUCCUCUACUACUACAGAAACAUCAACUACAGAGUCAGACAUUAGUGAAAAGGAUCACAGAUUGCCUGAUGUCUGUGUUACAUCUAAGCCUCCACCUAAAGUCCGAUAUUCAAAAAACAAAACAAGAGAAAGAAGUAUUGACAAUGAAACAAGAGUUUUAUCAAAAUCUUUAGAUCGUAUUGAAGGAGAAGGUUUCCAAUUAAGUUCUAAAAGCCGUGGACAUAAAAAGAUUAAAGUUGAUUCAAAAAAAGUUUUUGGUGGUGACAUACUUCAGCCAAGCUCUUUGGAACUACCUUAUAAACCUAAGCCAAAUGAAGCAGAUGAAAAAGAUGAACUGCUGGAUCGAUCAUGUUCCAGUGAUUCUCUUUCCUCUGCUUUAAGCUCUUCUCUAAAAUCAAAAGAUUCUUCUAGGUUCAAACGCUCUCAAAAUUGCUCUUCUCUCAGAAAUUCUAACAAACAUCCUACAGUGUUCCCUCCAAAUAUUUGGGGAUCUGACUCUUUCACACAGCUGGCUUCACCUGACACACAAGACCAACUUUCUGGUUCAAAAUUAAAACAUUGGAUGUUGCAAUCUACAUCGGUUUGCUCAUCUUCAAACAUAUCUCCUAUAUGGAGUAACAAUUCUGUUUGGAGAUCUGAUGAUGUUUGCUGGUCUUCUCCCUGUGAUGCUUGUGACUCUUUGAGUGUCCCAACAGAAAGUAUUGCUCUAGAAACUGAAAAAUCUGCAAAAUCAAAUAAGAUAACUGCUAUUGGAGAUUUCAACCCAUUUCAUACCCCAAAUCCUCUUUGGAUACCUCAGUCAAAUGAUAUAAAGGAAAAUUACACAGGCUCAACUGAAUCAAGCACAUGGUCUUUCAGUUUGUUUUCGGAUCCUUCACAUGGUUUAUCACCUGAAAGCUCUGUUGAUCAGUUUGAAAAUGAUGGAAUCGAAACUAGAAAUGCAAAUUCAUCAAGUUAA